GCCUGUGACGAGAAAAUUCUCUCCCGACAUCGAAAACAAACGAAAAAGUUCGCAACUUUCCGACGUCACUAUGUGUUAUAAGUAAAACAGUUGUAAGCUAACAGUAUGGUGAUUAAGUUAAAAAACAAAUGAGUGGUGUUAAAGUUAUUGUGACGUGAACUUGGAUUGUUCUGCAGUUAGGACUGUUUAAAGUUAGAAGGAAGACAACGAUGAGGGCCGGUCACCAGUCAGUAUGGAGGUGAAGAAAGACAAGCCUGGCAGCCUGUCGCCCGUGAAGCUAGCUCUGAAGAGAGACAGUGGAGACGAGGGCAAGACCUCGCGGUCCAGCAGCAGGAGUGAGAAGGAGCUCAGACUACCGCCGGAGAAGUCCCCCAGUGAGGAUGCGGCUGUGAGACGAGAGAGGAAGCUCUCAAGAGCUAGUGAUAGUUCGAAGGAAACUUUAGAGAGACAAGAUUCGAAGUCGGUGUCGCUAUCAAGUCCAAAGGUGUCAAGGAAGUACUUCACGAAUUGGCGCCAGGCAUGUGACAAGACGAAGGACAAGACCAAGGAACUACUGAAACGUUGGAGGACGUUACCGGAGUCUGAGGGGGCAGAGUCACCGAUGCAGGCAGCCGGGAACAGUGAGGAUGACAAGCAUAGGGGGUGGAGUGUUCACGUUUGGACGACAUGGGUGAACCGGUGCAGCGAAGAUCUAGAAUGCCUGGAUCUAGAAGACGAGCAGCCUCUAGCACAGCUAAGUUCCAUGCAAACAGACAAGAUGACAUUAUUCUUCACUGAACUGCUGGACCACGACCGCGAUGACGUCAUCAUCGAUACAGACUUCGAUCAAUUCUUCGAGCGGUUGGCGCAUUUCGCGGACUGGUCGCCAAACUCCUCCGAAUUCCACAUACUGCUCGAAGUGAAGAGGGAAUUUAUAGACCACUUCAUCAAUCCACUGCCCGCCAAAUGGGCUGACCUGCCGUAUUACAGACGGGUCUGUGGGCCCGAGUCCAGUGGUAUUAACAUUCCGGGAAGGACGACGCUGGAGGGAUGGCUGGCGCGAUGGGCCCUACACCUGUCCGAGAUGAAGCGAUUCACAGACCUGCCACUCUAUCUGCAAUACCUCUGCAAGAUUCUGUUCCAUGUAGUUGAUAGGACAAGUUCAGGUGCUAUAACAAAACCUGCUUUGGCUGCGUUCUACCGGUCGGUGAUUGGGCUGAACGCGACCCGAGUGGACGAAAUCAUAGACACGGCUUUCGAUCGCAUGACUAGCAACGGCUACCUCAUUCUGGACUACGGGACUUACGUCCACUGCUUCACCAACUGGUUGAUGGGGAAGAACCCGAACGGCCCAGGACAGUGGGUGCUCGUGCCUCCCAAGGAUUCCCUCCCCCAACCGCCCUUCCCCGUUGACUACAGCGCCCUCAACACAGAACCUGCCAAGCUAGAGCCCUACGCACCAGACAAGAAGACAAACAGACAUUCAGUCAUAGUUUGAAAACCCCAAGAACAUUCCUACGUAUCCCUAACAAGUCAAUUUUGUAAGUGUUCCGACUUUAACACUUAGGAAUACUUGACUGCGUUAGUUAAUCCUAGAUCUCUAAAUAUACGUUUAUUGAUGUUGACCUAAAAAGACCCUCGACAUCGCUCGUGGAUUGUCGGAAAAAAUUGCCAUUGUAAAAUAAAUUCUGUGAAAAACUUUAGGAAUUGAUACACUGAGCUUUUUCUAAAGGACUUUUGGCGUAGAGAAAUGUGAAACGUCAAUUCUGAUAAACUGAACGUUUUAUUGUUGAAGCUAGAAUAUUUUUAGUAUAGGUUCCUAGUUUAUUGGUGAAAAUUAACAAUAUCCUCUGCCGAUAUCAAUGUACUUAAGCCUAAUCAGAUACGUCUAUCUACCUAACUAUUACCUACUUAAUGUACCUAAUUAAUUAGAGACUAUGCAAACAAAUGAGUGAUUCUACAAUGAAUUUUUGCUAUAAAUGGGGAAAUCGUUGAAAAAGCACGAAGCAGUAACUAUUGAACCACGAAAAAAAAUCCUGUAACUCCAAGGUAUAGCAAAAAAACUUCGUAAAAUGACUUCUCAAAAUGGAGACCGUUCAUACGAAAUGUUAGUUACAUAAGUCUUUUUGUAACUGCCUUAAAUCUAAUGAUUUACCUACUUUUUAAACCUACUCUAGAUUCGCUUGAACGUAAAAUGGAACGCUUUAUCUAACGUGUAAAACGUGCAAUUCGACCAAUUCUUGUCUCUAUACAUUCUAGACCUAGAUAUUAGACCUAAGUCGAUGUAAAUAGUAGUUAUAAUGAUGCACGGUAUGCAAGAACUGCCUUAAAGUAAGCAUAUUCACAUCUCACGACAUAGCCUUAUUUUAUACCUUAGAUGUAACAUAGAUAUUAUAAGUUAGAUACUUUAAAUAUAUUAGUUAUCUACACUUUGAUUCACAGAAAUAAACCCUUUCGUUUGUUUA